AUGGAACUGAAAUGGUUGUAUGCUGUGAUGGUUAUGAAAACUGUAUCAUCAACGGCAAAAGAGUCGGCAUCAACGUCAACGUCAACAGUGCGUGACAUCACAGAUAUGACAACAGUGCGUGACUUCACAGAUAUGACUCCUGACACAAGAUAUAAUGUUACCGACCUGGAUGUCAGGGACAGCAUCGUCACCAACAAAACCAUGAACGACAACGGUAACAACACUGCAAUCGAGGAAGUAGAUCAAUCCAGUCCAGCCCCGCCAUUCGCUUUGAUCCAUUCUGGCAGUGUGACAGAGGCUACCUACAAAUCCUUUCUCACUGUGACUGGAUACAUCCAAUUCCCCCUGACUGUUAUCGCUCUCGCCACCAACAUCUGCAACGUCGUCGUGUUCUGUCAGAAACGGAUGAGAAGCCCGACAAGCACCAUCCUGCUGGCUCUGUGCAUUUCCGAGGUCCUCUUCCUCACCACUGUCAUCAUUGCCAAUAUCAUGGACUUGGUAUACGGAGACAAGGCCAUGACAAGACGCAUCUACCUCAUCUACGGCCUCUACGUCUCCAACUACGCCUCUGUGGCUCUCAGGAGAGUUGGGUUCUGUUACACGUGCUUGGUGUCAGCUGAGAGAUUCAUUGCUGUGACGUUUCCUCUACAAGCCAAAAGUAUGCGUCUCGUGAAAAACCCAGGUGUCGUCUGCGCACUAAUAAUGGCGGCUGGCUUCGCCGCACAUAUUUUUAGUCCCAUGAAAUAUAUCGUCAUAUCUUACAUGGCGGCUGACAACACCACAGUCUAUAGAUUCCAGCAUACGUUAAUGUAUCUCAAGGAUAGAGCUCAUUUUGAAAACUCCAGCAAGGCGAGUAAAUUCAUAUUUGUGUAUUUCAUGCUUUUUGCUUGCCUUGUCUUCAACCUUCUGAUUGUGAUAUCACUCCGACGUCACACCAAGGGGAGACAAUCCAUGAAGACCAGUGAGAAGUCUGGAGAGGCGCAGAAGAGAGAGAUGCAGACGACAACAACCAUCAUGGCGUCCACCGUUGUCUACGUCAUCCUCGCCCUGCCUACCAACACCAACGCGAUCAUCAACAACUUCAAUGAUGACUAUGGCAUCUUCGCCCGAGAGCACUUCCUGUUCUUCCUCGUUGGCAGAGUUGGAAAUGUUUGUGAACUGCUCAGCAACUUCAGCAACUUCAUCUUCUACAUUAUCCUCAGUGCAGCAUUCCGGGAAACCAUCCUUCAAAUGUUCAUCCCAUGUGCAACUACCGGUAAGUCUGCAAAGAGCUCCGUGGCAAAACGUGACAGGCCAGACACCAGACAUACAGACGUUCGUCUAACACAAUAUUAA